GUCCCUGUGUGUUUUAUUUAUAUUCCCAAUCCAGCUGCUGGCUGCUGAGUACCUGUGCCAGUCUAGAAACUUCUGACAAACACCUGUAUGAGAGAAGGAAUUCUGCGUGCGCCAUCUUUACGGUAAAGCCGCUUGUUGAUCCCGCCCUCUCUGUGAUAGAAAACUCGGUGAUGUCGCUUCGUCUUUAACGAGCUUGACCCAGAACCCAGGAAAGGAGGGGAAAAGAGGGGAGAAAACACUAAAAAACGGAAUAGUCUGAAAGGGGUCGGGACAGGCUUUCCACGAGCAAGUCCAUUCCUCCCUGUUUCUGGGCUUGGUGGUUCGGUGACAUUCUACCCAUGAGCAACUAAAGCUCAACCUCUGACCUUGGUGUGAUCUCUCACCUCUACUACCAAACCACGCCCACAGGUUAAGUGUGUAUGGAGCAGUGUGAGAGCGCAGCGGCUCUGCUGGAGUCGGUCAGGGAGCAGGAGGUGCAGUUUGAACAGCUGACCCGGGCGCUGGAGGAGGAGAGGAGGAGAGUGGGCCUCCCCGCAACGAGCCCCUCGGCCCUGGGUCGCCCCCUCCCUCACACACAGAACGGGCGUUUAGGGGAUGCAGACAUAGAACGGCUGAAACUGACUGACUCAUAUAUAAACGGCACACAGUACAGAAUGGUGGACCCUGCACACGGCGCUCUCGAUGAGAGCUACACACCAGAGGACGACUCCCAGGAAGUGCACUCAGUCUUCUCUGAUGAGGGAACCGCACGGCGGCCAGACAAUGGCAUGAAGAAACCAAUCUCGCGCACAGUCCUGCCUUCUGACUCGAUGUCCAUUGAUGGGGGCUUGUCGGUGCCUGGUAUGGGUGGCUAUAGCGCCACACUGGACCGUCCUUACAGGCAGGCUGUACCAGCAGACUACCCCACGGCCACAGUGCCCAGAAACUACCACUAUGGUCCUGUGGGCUAUGAUGACUACCGGGGUGGCCCACCAUCGGAGGCAUACACUAGCCUGAGCAGGGGCUCGCACAUGGACGAACGCUACAGGCCAGUUGACGGCUACAGGACCCUGGACUCUGGCUACCGGGCCCCAAGCCGUCAGCAGCUUGACCCAUAUGCAGCACAGCCCCAGGUGAGCCGGGGGAUGAGGGCGUUGGGCUCAGCUUUGGAGAUGCGAUAUGGCCAAGGCCACUACGCUCUGGAGGAUGACCAGCGCAGUGUGGGAUAUGAUGACUAUGGCAUGGGGCCUCCACCCAUUCACCCUGGGGGCUACGGUACCAUGCCACGCCUAGGGCCUGGCCCUGCUGGUAUGGACAGACGAAGACUCAGGAGCUGUGAGGACACUUUGGAUGGUGAUGUCGGAGGAGUUGACCCUUAUGCCUGGGGUGUUCCCAUGACGAUGGAGAGGGGGAGCAUGGCUUCACUGGACAGCACACUGAGGAAGCCUCCUCCCUCUUCAUGGAGACAGCCUGAGCUGCCAGAGGUCAUCGCCAUGUUGAACUACCGUCUGGACCCUGUCAAGACCAACGCUGCCGCCUUCCUCCAGCAUCUCACAUUCAAAAACGAUAAGGUGAAGUCGGAGGUGCGUCGCCUAAAGGGCAUCCCAGCCUUGGUGUCAAUGCUGGACCACCCCAGCAAGGAGGUGCACCACUCGGCCUGUGGAGCACUAAAGAACAUUUCAUACGGGCGAGACCAAGACAACAAGAUCGCCAUCAAGAACUGCGAUGGAGUGCCUGCUCUGAUCAGGUUACUGAGAAAAACCCACGACCAGGACCUUACCGACACUAUCACAGGCACCUUGUGGAACCUUUCAUCCCACGACUCCGUAAAGAUGGAGAUUGUGGACCACGCCCUGCAUGCCCUAGCUGACGAGGUGGUCGUUCCCCGUUCUGGCUGGGAGCGAGGGAGCAACGGAGGAGAAGAGAGCUGCAAACCACGCCAUCUGGAGUGGGAGACCGCCUUGACCAACACUGCUGGCUGCCUUAGGAAUGUGAGCUCAGAACGAAGCGAGGCCAGGCGAAAGCUGAGAGAAUGCACAGGACUGGUGGAUUCACUCAUGUACAUUGUUCAAUCACAGAUCAACCGCAAAGAUGUGGAUAACAAGUUGGUGGAGAACUGUGUCUGCCUCCUGAGGAAUCUGUCCUAUCACGUUCACCGUGAAGUCCCCGGUUGCGAGCGCUAUGUAGAGGCCACGCCCCUCAACCAGGGACCGCCCCCUGCCAACAAAGGUGGCUGCUUCGGCUCUCGAAAGGGCAAAGAUGAGUGGUUUUCAAAAGGAAAGAAGGAUGGAGAGGACGGGUCUGCAGAGCAGAUCGACAUUCCAAAGAGGACAACACCUGCCAAAGGUUACGAGCUGUUGUUCCAACCAGAGGUGGUCCGUGUUUACACAUCACUGCUCAAAGAGAGCAAGAACCCCUCGGUGCUGGAGGCUGCCGCUGGUGCAAUUCAGAACCUCUGUGCUGGCAGAUGGACUUAUGGUCGGUAUAUCCGGGCUACAGUGCGUCUCGAGAAGGGUCUUCCCAUGAUGGCAGAGCUACUGGCUCAUGGCAACGACCGUGUUGUUAGAGCAAUGUCCGGAGCCUUGAGGAACCUCUCCAUCGACAACCGUAACUGCCAACUGCUCGGUUUGCAUGCAGUGCCUCACCUUGUGGCCAACCUGCCUGGAGGCCAGAGUCAGUCUGGGCGAGCUCUAUCAGAGGAGACAGUGGUUUCUGUACUGAGCACGCUGGCUGAGGUGCUAGGCAACAGUGUGGAGGCAGCAAAGACCCUCAGAGCCUCGCAGGGCAUUGAGAGGCUGGUGCUCAUCAACAAGGACGGCAAGCGCUCAGAGCGUGAGGUUCGGGGGGCCGGCCAGGUGCUGCAGCUCAUCUGGGCCCACAAAGAGCUGCGCAAGCCUCUUGAGAAAGACGGCUGGAAGAAGACGGACUUCAUGGUCAACCUCAACACCACCAACGGUCCGAGCACCCGAGCCAACGGCACCUAUGAAGACAGCACCACACCACUGCUAGACAGAGGAGAGAAGAGGGACAUGAUUCCACUAAAUGACCUUGGCCCGGAGGCCUACUCUACACUGGACCAGAGGGAGAGAAGACACACUCUGGACGAAACCACAGACACUUUACCGCGAGGGGUGUAUGGGGGCAGAAAGGGCUCCUUGCCCCUGUUGGACUCCUACGAUGAAAAACUGAUAGUGUGCAUCACCCAGACUGGGCCAUCCCUGCCCUACCACUGCUACUGAGGAGAGAAGAUCCAGAUGCACAGACUCUCUCCCCCUCCCGUCUCCCCUCCCCUCCCCUCCUCUCCUCUCCCUCUCUAUCACCACACAGAUGGGAUUACAAGAUGAGGGUUAGCAUCCAAAGAAAGUGGCCAUGUUGCAGGCAAAAUGUUUCAUGCAACACACACACUUACAGAUACAUACACACCUACUUUUUACAACUUCAUUCAAUUGUAGCAGCAGAAAUAUAUUCAGUUUUUAAAUUAUAACUUUCCUGUAAAGGCAA